GAAAGACAGCUGUUAUAAUAUGAUGCAGUGCAUUGCUGCUGGGCAUCAGAUUGUUGCUUUGGCAAACCUAAGACCAGCUGAAAACCAAGUGAAUUCUGAUGAAUUGGAUAGCUAUAUGUAUCAGACAGUGGGUCAUCAUGCCAUUGACUUAUAUGCAGAAGCGAUGGCUCUUCCUCUCUAUCGCCGAACCAUAAGAGGAAUGAGCUUGGAUACAGGACGAGAGUACACCGAGUGUGAAGGUGAUGAGGUCGAAGAUCUCUAUGAGCUUCUGAAACUUGUUAAGCCAACGCUAACAACCACUGAGAAACUGUCACCCUUAGUCCAACAGACAAGGAGGAACAAUUCUGCCAACAGCCCUGAAAAAGAAGAGGUAGAGGGAAUAUCAGUAGGUGCUAUACUUUCUGACUAUCAGCGUGUUCGAGUAGAAAAUGUAUGUAAAAGGCUUAAUCUCCAGCCCUUAGCUUACCUUUGGCAGAGAAACCAGGAGAAUUUGCUCCGAGAAAUGAUAUCAUCUAACAUUCAAGCGGUGAUCAUCAAAGUAGCAGCUUUGGGUUUAGAUCCUGAUAAGCAUCUUGGGAAAACCCUGGAUCAAAUGGAACCUUAUCUCCUGGAGCUUUCUAAGAAAUAUGGAGUACAUGUUUGUGGAGAAGGUGGAGAGUAUGAAACAUUCACUUUGGAUUGCCCUCUAUUUAAGAAGAAAAUAAUUGUGGAUUCAUCAGAAGUAGUCACACAUUCAGCUGAUGCAUUUGCACCUGUGGCCUAUCUACGCUUUUUAGAAUUGCACUUGGAGGACAAGGUGUCCCCAGGGCCUGACAACUACAGAACAUCUAAUUAUAUACAUAAUUCUUGAAAAGCUUUUUGAAUGUUAUCCAUUAAACUACCAUUUCUUUGCCAAAAA